AUGCCAUUGGAACAGAUACGCCGUACACGAUCAUCUUUGAGCCAGUGUCAAAGUAUGUUGAAAAUACCUUCAUUCAAGGGUAAUAAAUCACUGAGCGCGACUGAUCUGCAAAUCGAAAAGAAAGGUUUCGAUGAUCUGAAAACCAUGGAUGAUAUUUCGAUGAUGAAGAGAUCGAAAACACUGAGCGGUCACUUCAAACCAACAGAUGAUUUGAGUUCAACAGACCAAUUUCUAUCGGAUCGCAAUUAUAUGCAGCACACACAGUGUAUGAGUAAUUUACGAACACCCCGCUUCGGUGUGAGUCCGCCUGGAGAACAACAAACUGAUAAUUAG